AAUCAUGUCGGAGGAAACGGACACUAGCCGGCAGAGGUUCUCCGGAACUUACCGCUGGUUCCCAGAGCAACUGUUAGAACGAGGCCGUUCAUCAGACAUUGCCUAAACAUUUUUUUUUCGUAAUCUUAAAUUCGAGUGCACAAUGUAAGCUCGAUAAGAUUUACCAGGAUAAAAGCCAGCAUACUAUACCUGUCUGCAUUGAAGUGUGCAGCGAUGCGGUGCUACCUUCCAGGAUUAUUUAACAAUAGUUCCAAGCGGAACUGUAGUCUCAACAUUGAGUAUUUUAUGCUCUGUUCUCUCUUCCAUUAAUUUUUGAUAUAGCUUAUGCCGCGUUCACAGUGGGCCUUGACACCAAAAUUUAGUCAAAAACAAAACGCAAGAUAAUCUUUAGUUCUGUAUGAUUUGAAUACUUGAUAUCGUAUUACGCAGUAAUAUUAUUUACUUUUGAGCAUUAUUUUCAUGAUAAAAAUGCGUUCGGGUAUUGUAUCAGAUUGCUCUAAUAAAACGGGAAGAUCUCAAAAGUCAAGAGCUCAAUUAGAAAAAGAAAAAAUUGUUAAAAUAACUUAUCAAAGGUUGCCCGUUAAUCCUGAUGAACGAAAAUUGUGGUUGGAUAAUUUAGGAAUCCUGGACUUAAUAAACAAACAGUAUUAUGCUCAUUGCACUUUUCAGAUGCAUCAUUUGACAGAACAUCUAUGUCUCGCAUUAGGCUUAGAGACAAUGCUGUUCGAUACGUCAAACUACCUUUAAUAUUUAAUAAUGAAGGAACUAUGGUAGGAUAAGUCAGACACAAGGAUGAAGGAAGUAAUAUUGUGGCCUUAACAACUUCUUAACCAUUGGAUAAUUCUUCAAUGAAUGGGAUAACAAUGGAAACAUACUGUUUAGAAUCAUUUUCAAUCGAAGAUAAAGAGACAUCAUAAACGUCUCUAUGACAAAAGAUCUUCCUGCAGAUGGAGAAUUAGAAAUAUUACAUGAUAUUGAUUUGGUUGCCACUGAUCAUCAAUAUUGUUUGCCACCUGCGUUGCGAUGAAAUUGGUCUAUUGGUAUCUAUGGGUCAUGAAAACAAUAUACGAGAAUGUUGCCAAGCUACGUGAAAACGGCAGAAAGGAUUUGGUCCAUUGGCCCAAUUAUAAUAUCAUUCACCAAAAAGGAAUUAGCGGUAUUAAUGACGACAAAGUAUUCGAAGAAUCGGAGGACAACAGAGGACAUGAAAUUUUACAGGUUCCUUUGAAUGGAAAUGACUUCCACGCUAUUAACUUUUCAGAGGAUUUCAAGAUAAAAUACGGUUUUUGGAAAAUCUUUUUCUUAAUCCUCAUUAUAUUGAUACUUGUAAUCGCCCUUGUGUGCUGCUAUCGUUAUUUGUAUCUGAAGUUAUGGUCAGUGUAUCAAAGGAUGUCCUUAAAAAGAAGCACCGAAUCAUUAAGUAAUCAAGAGCGGGAUCUUUUGAAAGACUGGAUAGUUCCUAAAAAAGAUGAUUUACACGAGGAUUUUGAACCAUUGAUAAAUCAAGAAAAGAACAAACUUUUUUGCAAUGAGGAGGAUCGUUUUGAAACUCAAGAAUCUCUUCUACAGAGUGAUGGAGAUAGAACACAAAUUGUAAUGAAAGAUUUGGCAACCGAUUUAAUAUUUGAAACACAGGAAAAGGAAUCGUUUUCGGAAACUUUUCAGAACUCAAUAGAACUUCAACAAAUGGAACCUAAUCAUGAAAUAAUGAAUGAGUUUUAUAACGAUAAAUUAGAGAUAGAAAAGGUGUCUACCAAUGAUGCAAUAAUUAAUAUACCAAUAACACAUAACAAAUCGAAUCUACAACGAAGCUUAUCAGCCUGUGACAUAAACAGAAUAUGUAUUAUCAAAAGGAAAUAUUCAGAUCCUGGAUUACAAUUAAUAGAUGCCAUAGAGGUUUGCCAUAGGGAAAUCUGUAACCAUUUUAAAGAAUUGUCAAGCCCUAAAAUUGAAGAGAAUACUAGAGUAGAACAAGAACUUUUUGAACCACCAAGAAUUCAACAAUUCAAUUCCAAACAUGAAGGGGCUGGUGAAUCGUUAAAUGAUUUUGAGCUUACAAAAAACUAUGAUAACUUGAGCAUGUUACUUUCACAUCGUAUGAAGCAACAAAUACACCCAUGUCAGAGGAAAUAUUGCCUUCUUGCUAGACAUCUAAGGAAAAAGGGACAUCAUGAUGAGAGAAAGUGCCAGUUAUGGUAUACUUGUUAUGCACACUAUUUAGCAGAUCAAGCUGCAAAUUGCAACAAUGGGAAUAUAUGUGAGGAUACAUAUGACGAGUUUGAGAUGAUGCGUGUUGCACCAGAUCAAAGGAAACGACUCAAUCGUAUCAUUCACGAAAGAAGAAGACGAUUUUUGGGAUAACCAUGCUAGUUUAGUAAAAAUCAAAAUAUAUUUGUAUGGAAAAAUGGUUGAGUAUAAAGUUUUACAUGACGUUUAUAUUAUUUGAUAUUUG